CAGUCUCUGAUAGCCAACUCUCGGGAGCAGACCGAUAAGCGCUUUUCGGGCCAUUCCGCCAAACCAAAACAACUGAAAAAUAGCCAACAGCCAAGUGAAAAGCCAAGCAAACUAAGUAGAAGCCAAAAACCCAAGAUAAACGGGCCCACUUCUGGUGUUCCGUUUAGUUUUUUGGGCGAUUUUCAAAGCAAAACAGCCACAUCCACCAAAAGCGAAAAGGCAGAAAAUAAAAACCUAAAAGUCAAAACAAAUCAGUGCAGCAGCCGCCAAUUGCAUCGCAUAUUGCUCUCUGUGUUGUGCCAGUGUGUGUGUGCGUGUAUAAAAGUGUGUAUGCCUAUGUGUGUGCUUGUGUGCUGGCAAGAAAACUGAGAGAAAAGUGAAAAGUAACGACCGGCAAAAGCGCGAAAAACGAAAAACAAAUCAACUUUCCCCGCAGGAAGCUCGAACUGCAAACUGCAAGCUGACGUUAAAAGCGGUCAAAAUUGGAUUAUGCUUAGGCACAAACGCAACUGCCACGCCAUUCAGACGCCCAGCGACGCCGAGCAUGUGAAGUUAAAGCCGCAUUUCCAUCCGCCCCAGUGGCUCCUGUACCGCGUCACCUUCUCUCUGGAGCUGUAUCACAAGAAUAUCAUCAAGAAACUGCCCAGUCUUGGCCAAUUUCACGUUUACCGGCUGACCAAGAACGUCUGCCAGACUUAAGUAAUCCACCAAAAUAGCCAUAGCCCCCAUUAAUCCGCAAUAAACUCCAACUCCAAUAUAAAGAAAAACCGAAAAAAAGACAAAGUGCGUUUAAUAACCAAACAAAAAGUGUAACUAAUUGGGAAGCAGUGUGCAACAAAUAUUCACAAAAUCAAAUACUCAAGUGCAAUACAAAAAGCAAAAGUGUUUAAAGUGCAAAGAGAAAAUGUGGCCACCCAUUUAGGCCAAGUUCAAGUUCUAAGUUCAAACAAACAGACGUUAGUAAAAAAAGACUAGCAAAUCCAGCGCAGCAAAUCCAAAGCGCUGGUAACUAAAAUAGCCCCCCACCAACCCGGAAAGUAGAAUAACCGAACGUACAAAAA